AAACGGUUGGUCUUCUAAUCUAACGUGUUGGGUGUAAAUGGAUGGCAAGGCAGAUUUGUGCGAACCACAGGCCGCCGACUGUUGUGCAACCCAAGGUGCCUCAGGCCCUCCAUAACGAAUCCCGCCGACCAUAAAAGUCGGCCAUCGCAAGCGCUUAAAUAAAGUCUGCCCGGUGUAUUCUUUACCUCCCAGUCUUUAUUUUCCGAUAUUUCAUCUUUUAUUUUAUCAGAGGCGAAAAAACGUACUACAGUCUUGCAUCUUAAAGUUCAUCAAAAACAACGUCAAGAUGAAUUUCGAUCUUAUCGCCGAGCGUGCCAAUCAAGCCGCCCAAUGGGUAGCUGAGAACCCUAGAAAUACAGCGGCGUACGCCACUGCUGGCACCCUCCUUUUAGUGCCAGCGGUGGUCGCCGCUCCGGCCCUGGCAGCAGCCGGCUUUGGUGCUUCCGGGCCUGUAGCGGCUUCGUUAGCAGCAUCAACCCAGGCCGGAAUAGGCAAUGUUGCCGCAGGAAGCGUAUUCGCCACACUGCAGAGCGCUGGCAUGGGUGGAUACGGUCUCGCCGUCGUCAACGGCGUCAUUCAAGGAGGAGGCGCGGCCACCGCAAUCGGCGCUGCCUUAAAAUCGAGAUUUAGUAAGACGAACGAAUCCUCCAAAUCCAGCUCAUUUGAUGAGCUAGAGUGUUCGCUAAAUGACGUUUUCAAAAGUCACGAUGAUUCGCGGGGCAGUGUAGAGAAUGGGAUGUGCAUGGCUGAGUUUAGAGGGAUUGCAGAACAGUGGUGGGGUAGUAUUCCUCUUGACAAGCUUAAGGAACUAAGCGAAUCUCUACCGACUGAGGCAAUCAACAAGGCGAAGGGCUGGUCCAAUGGAUAUUAGGUGAACUGCAUAAAUCAUUUACUAGGGCGCUCUAGAGAUCUUUAACGACAGAAUCGUAUUGGCUAUAUGGUUGAGAAUGAAACUACCGGUAUACUAAGAUUGGGACAUGGGAUUCUAGGUGAAUAACGAAAUUGACAACGGUGCGUCGCCUCAUCUAGUUACCAUUUGACUCGCAGAACAUCAAUCCUUGACCCAUUC